AAAGAAGACAGGAAAACCCACAUUCGUCAUUUUUUCUGCUACGAGCAGACGGUAAUUUUUUCACAGCGUAAUUUUCUUUAUUUAUUAAUUACCGGGUUCUAUCAAAAUUUGUGAUUGAAUGAAUAUAAACUGUUUUGAAGCAAAUAAUAAUUGUUUGUAGAUAGCGUGCAAUCAAGGGAAAUACCUAAGCAACGAACAAAUAAUAGUUAGAUAGCCAGCCAAGCGGCAACAGCGAAACAGAAAUGGAGUUACCCACACGUUCUAAGUCAAAACUUGCACGGGGCUGUUUAAAUGCAUUUUCUAUUUAUUUGGUCGUAUUUUCAACGUUUACUGCUUUCAAAGCAUUGAUGGCACAUGUAGACGAAUUGGAUAUUGAAGAAGAUAUGCCAACGCAGGCGAUACAUAAAGUUGCUUUGGUGGAAUUGAAUGAAGAAAAUUGGCAAGAUAUGUUGCACGGACAAUGGAUGGUAGAAUUUUUCGCUCCAUGGUGCCCUGCCUGCAAAAAUCUUGCACCCACUUGGGAACGCUUCGCUAAAAACGCCGAACACUUGGGUGUUCAUGUGGCCAAAAUCGAUGUAACUACAUCACCGUCGCUAAGUGGGCGUUUCUUUGUUACUGCGCUACCUACGAUUUAUCACGUUAAAGAUGGCGAAUUCCGUCAAUAUCGUGGUUCACGUGAUGGCGAUGCUUUGAUGUUGUUUAUAAAAGACAAACAAUGGAAAAAGCUUGAACCGAUAUCAGCAUGGAAAAAACCGGAUACCAUACAUAUGUCCAUACUAUCAUAUUUCUUUAAAUUAUCGCACACUCUAAAGGAUUUUCACACUCUCACACAGGAUUUCAACGUACGUCUACAAGAAGAAUAUGGUCUACCCACCUGGGGCUCAUAUGCGCUCUUCGCCAUCGGAACCAUAUUUGUUGGCGCUGCUUUAGGUUUAUUGCUCGUUUGUGUCGUCGACUUUUUGUAUCCUCCAAAGAAAUCUCAACGUCAAAGUUUCUCAGAAUUCAAAGAAAAAUCUGCUGGUUCGAAUGCGGUCGAAGAUUUGCCGGCCGAUGAAAUUGAAGACGAAAAUGAUUUGGGCGACGAACAGGACGAAGACGAAGAUGAAAACGAUGAAGAGCAGGAUGAUGAUGAUGAUGAGGAGCAGAAUGGUGAAGGCGCUGGUGUAGAAGACGAUGAUGCGGCUGGUACGUCAGAAGGUGAGAAAAAUUCGUUUACAAGCGUAACAGAUGAAGCCGAAAGUGAGGAAGAUGUAAAAAAAUCGGCUGGCGAUAUUGCUGAUGCAACACAGACGUUAAUUGAGAAGGAGAAAGAUUCAAAGAACACUAGUCCGGCUGAAGUGCGUAAACGCAAGCCACGAAAAGCUGAUUAAGCGAUACAAAAAAAAACAACUUCGUAAAAGAAAAAUACAACAUUCAUAAUAAUAAUAUUCUCACAUUAAAUUUUAUUUUGCGUAUAGAGCAUUUUAUCUGCUCAUGUGUUGUGCAUUUUUGUACGCCACAUUAUUUUGGCUAUAAUAUUUUUUUUUUUUUUAUAUUUACUUCGAUUAUGCGGCGAUAUGCGCAUAGAGUUCAAAUAAACGAAAUAGUUCGUAAAUUAAAAAAAAAAGUAUUUAGAAUUGCAAAAUCUUCAAACAAACAAAAAAAAAAAAACAAAAACUAUUCAGCAUGCAUUUGAAACAUAGAAAUAUCGAACGUAGGUAUAUUGCAAUGGUGUAUUAUUUAACUGAAGUUUAAUUUAAACAAACACUCAUACUAAAUAAUUUGUAUUGCUAAUAAAACGCACAACCGCUUACUCUAAACACUUGAUCAUAAACUAUUAUUUACUGUAAUUUCAAAUAUGACAUUUUAAACAAAACCCAAUUAGCACUUGUGACUUUUUUUUUUUUGGCUUUUUUCUUCACUUUUAGUCAUUAAAUUGUGCGAAUUCAUCGGAGAAAAACUAAAAAAAAAAAUAAUGCCUUAUUUAUAUGGGAGCGCGUUGUGUUAAAAAAAAAAAAUAUGUAGCUAACGUGAACACAUUUAAAUUAAUUGACAAAAAAUACAAGUUUUGUAAUAGUUUUGUUUUUACUCAACACGACGAAGUACUGAAAUGCAUGUAAGCAACAAAAACAAAAAAUUGUGCAUUUUAAGAACAAAGACGAAGCAUUGCACAAGCAACAACGUGCUCUAAUAGCUAUAAAUAAAAAAAAAUAUAUAUAAAAUACUAGCAUGUAAUAAAUUAUGUACUAAUUUGAUUGAAAGUGAAAUAAUAUGAGAUAUUCUAAACCAAACAUCAUGAAAACAUAACAUUGCACUGACGUUUAUUAUUAAUUUUGAAGUCGCCGCUGUUUAAUGAUAUUUUUAAAAUUAUUUUUCUCUCUAGAGGUAUUGUGCAUACAAAACGAAAAAAACUUUUACUACACAAUCAUCACUACUUUUUUGUGCAUUAUAAAAUUAAUUAUUGAUCUUUUAACAUAUUUUAUUAUUAUUAUUAAUAUAAUUUUUUUUUUUUUUGCAUAAUAAAUAUAUUAAUAAGUUUAAUUUUUUAGAACUACCACACUUAAGCAUAUGAAAAUAGCUUAAAAUACACGAUUAUAAUUAAUUACA